CACACACACACCGGCAAAGUGUAGACGCGCAUGCGCACAGCUAAAGCCAGCAGCUGAACCUUGUGUCAAAACACAGAGGGAAAUCAGCAGCAGGCAGCGCAAGAUCUCACCUCGAUUUCGGCUUUAGCUCUAUAUUUUGGGGGAAAGUAUUUGUCGACACAAAGUGAUUUCCAUUUACGUCUGCGUACCAUGACCGAACAAUCAGCAUUACUUCUUCGAAAACAACUGGCAGAGCUCAACAAGAACCCCGUAGAGGGCUUUUCAGCUGGUCUGAUAGAUGAUGAUGACAUCUAUAAAUGGGAAGUUGUGAUCAUUGGUCCACAAGACACCCUUUUUGAGGGAGGGUUUUUCAAAGCCUACCUAACGUUUCCCUAUGAUUAUCCUCUACGGCCUCCAAAGAUGAAGUUCAUCACUGAAAUCUGGCACCCAAACGUGGCAAAGAACGGAGACGUUUGCAUCUCAAUUCUGCACGAGCCAGGAGAAGAUAAGUUUGGUUAUGAGAAGCCCGAGGAGCGCUGGCUUCCGAUCCACACGGUAGAGACAAUCAUGAUUAGUGUUAUCUCCAUGCUGGCGGACCCCAACAGCGACUCACCAGCUAAUGUGGAUGCGGCGAAAGAGUGGAGGGAGGACCCGAACGGUGAAUUCAAGAGGAAGGUGGCUCGCUGUGUAAGAAAAAGUCAAGAGAUGGCUUUUGAUUAGGCGUCCGUUGUAAAUUCCAGGUUAAAGGAAAUGCCUUCAGAGGGAAAAUUUCAACAAAAGGCUUUUGCACCCCUUGUUUUGCCAGUCAAAGGAAUCGGUUGAGCUUCAACCACGUUUCUGUGAACGGUUGUCGUUUUCCACAAGAUGAGCCAAUUUGAGAACCCUACCAGCGAAAUUAGCCCCGUUUCCUACCUGGAGUUGUAUAUUUAAUUUUAUUUAUUUUGAAAAAAAAUUAAUGAUGUAAGAUAUGUCACUACUGUAAAUUAACUUGCUUUUUUAUCUGCUGCUGAACAGUUUCUACUUUAUACCAGGUUUCUUAUGCAAUUUAGUGAGUCAAGAUUGUGUAAAACAAAACACCUGUCACCAUUAGGUCAUCACUCGUCCUCCCUGCUGAAUACUUAGCACCAGAUUAAUGUCAGCCCAAACAACUCUCUGUCCAUAGAUGUGAUUAUUGUCAACACUGUCAUUGAAUCACUGCUGCCUUUAGUGGGCUUCACGUCCUCACAGUCUGCUUGUUGUUUCGAGGGACCGCUUGAGAACCUUAGAGUGUUAUUCCGUACAGUCUUCCUGAGAAAAGGCCUCCUGCUAGCAUUUUCUUCUCGCGCUAGCGCACGUCUAAGAGGUAUAAAACCACCACUCUCAAAUCUGCAUGAUCCCCCUCAAACAGCUCCGUCAUGUCUUGUUGCUCGAUGUAAAUGGAAUGGCUUACUCGGUGAUUUAAGAGUCGUGGUUUUAUAAUAUGUUGACUUGCACAAGCAUAGCUAAUGGUAACAGAAGGUUUGUGCCAACUUCUCAGGAUUAAACUAGACGACUAAAUUAGGCUUUCGAUUAGCAAACCUCUAAUAUUCCUGAGCCCUCCCGGUCAACGACCAUAUCUAUUAACUAUCACGCAGUCUGAUGUCUCUUCGCAACGUUAUUAUAAAUCGCGGACAACCAAAUACAGUCCACGCGGGUACUGGUUAACUGGCAUCUGAGCGUACCUCAAUUUAAAAGGUUCAUACAUUUGACGAGGAUUAUGGUCGUUUGAGUUCUUAAUCUAUAAACAAGGCUGAUUUUAGGGGCUCCAUGGUAGACUUAGGCUUUCUUACUUUUGCUGCGGCACAUUUUGGCUUUCGAUCAGCGUGUGGGUGAAGGAUGGUGUGUGUAAGUCACAGGACUUCGGGGUAGAUUGUCGAGCUCUUUAAUUCUAUCAACGUCUUGAGUUGUGAUUGUUUCAUACCUAGAUAAUAUUUAUCACCUUUUACUUAAUCACUGAAUUUGGGUUGGAAUUCUUGAUAGACUUGAAGUGAACUCACCACUUAGCAGAGAGUAUAAAUAAGUGUUCUGAUGGGGAAAAAAAUGAACACAAACCCUGCAUCUAGGUUUUAUUUUUUGAAGAAUAUACACAGUCGUGUUCGGGUGGAGUCUGGAAACCAUCGGCUUAAUUUGUUCACUUUCAUCGAUGGUGUUGCCGACCGUUGAGCCAUUAUGGCAUCUAUUCUGAAUUAUGUUAUACAUGAUUAUGGUCUGUGACUGACAUUGGGGAAAAAAAAUGGCUCACCAUCUUUUGGCGCAUGCAAUCAGGUUUGAAGGAGUUGGGUAUGUCAAGAUAUGAUACCAUUUGUUAGUACAUUCUGGGUGAAUGUGAUGUGUACAGUUAGUAGACUUCUGUAGACUUUACGAUCACAUAACUGCUGUUGACAUUACCUUUUGAAGUCAGAAUUUUCUAACCUACCAUGACCUCCUCUGACCGGUGUUCACUGUAUUUGCACAGAUUCGGUGCGUUUGAAAUGUCAUUAAGCAAUACGCUCUGAAAAUGGUGUGUCCAGGUAAUCCACCCUAACGCCAUUAUUAGUUUUUUUUUUUUGUUUUUUUUCAUUUUGUGUCAAUGCAAUGUAUAUUGGACAUGAUGCUCAAUAAAGUGUGUAAACAGAUUGUCCUGUAUCUUUGUUUGUGUUUUACAUUUUAGAUGAGAACACACUGGGUUCAAGUAUAUUAGACCCCUGCUCUGUAAUUGGAACCCAGGGAAUGGUGUCAGAUUUCAGAGCUGGCUUCAUUUCACUCUCGGGAGGAUCUUCUGGCUGCAACACGUACUGAGCUGAUAAAAAGAUGCUCGCAACAUCUCCGACUUAUCUACGGGAAAUAUCGGGAUUGUAAGUAACGAUGAGAAAGCGGGUUACAUUUGUUGAGCAGCUGAAAAAAGAAAACCUGUUAAACAAUGGAAGUGGUCACAUCUCAAUGAGGUAAGACCACAAUGUGAGUUUUAGAUUUGAAUGGAUGAAUUCAGAGGAUGUUCUUACUGCUUUAUUUUAUUUAUUUUUAGGUCUGCAGAGUCUAACCAGAGAUGCCCACAGGGUGAGUCAUAUAUACUCCCUUUAAAUGCUUGUCGUCAACAAACCUUUUGUUUUCAUUAUGGAAUUACAAAAUAGAUUAUAUGAAUGCAAAUUAUAUCUAAAAUAUAUAGUAGAUGGUUGCUGUCAAGUUGGUGACUCAUCUAAACCACUCUGUCUCAGUCAUCUGCUUUUGUCAUUUCUGGCGGUCUUUCAAUACAAGUACAAAGGAAAUAUGAGCAAAUUUAAAAGUAAUUGUUUUGCAGAUUGGCCCCUUUUUAUAUUGUUGUACAUAUAGAACUACUUUAUACAGUUGUACAUGUUGGGUAGUUUAUAACAAAUCAUAUUUUAGAGGCCUAGAAAGUUUGUAGGUAGAAUAUUCUGAAAAAUAACUAGUAACUGUAUCUGAAAUGGCUCUGAAAUAGUGCAGUAGCAGUAUAAGAAGUAUACGAACCUCAAAAUGUUAUGUGCUGUGUUGCUCAAUGGUAAUUGUUUUGUAAAUUCACAUCCCAGAAACAAAGGGCUCAUGUGGAUGCACAACCGAGAAACUUGCUUUAAAAAUAUAAAAUGUGCUGCUUAAGUAACACCACAGAUCUGUGAUAAGGCGUUGUUUUGCUGCAUGUUGCCUUCGGCAGGCUUCGAAAGUCGACCUAGUCAGCAAGUGAGAGAGAUGUGCAGAGGAACACACGGGAACGCUUCUGCAGGCGGCCAGCACAUGAAGACAAUACUCAUUCCCAAAUCCAUGAUGUCUGCACCCUUCUUACAGCAUCCAGCCCUCACAACUGGACAGAGACGCUACCUUUGCAGUAUAGCAAACGUGUACAGUACAGCGCACAUGAGGCAGCAGAUGAAGCAGCGCUAUCUCAACGUGCUGCACACGUGUGUGCAACCAGGUGUGUAUCUAAAUGUCUCUCAAACGCAGCCUUUGACCACAUCCGCUCAUCUCAUGUUGUGUUUUGUAUUUUUCCAGGUCAGAAUCCCUCCUGCAGAAGGAGGUUUGGGAUUCACCAGCACAGAGACGAUAGUACGCUCUCAAGGGAUGCAGAGAAGGACGUGGCGAGGGCGAAGCCUCAAGGGCAGAUGAAAAGCAGAAGCAGCAGCACAGCUAAUUCUGAUGUCUUACUUCCGAAAAUAGUCAACAGAUGACUGAAAUGGUUCCACUAUUUUGAGUGCAAGAAUGACCUUUAUGAGUCUUUAUGUUAAUCUUAGCAUCAAUACCUGGUGUGUUAUUCCACACAUUUUAAAAUAUGACGUUAAGCGUCCCUAACCAAGAACCGUGUGCAGUCUUAUUUACUUAGAUAUAAACAUAUUAUAGACCCCGCUGCAUAUAGAGCUAUAGUUUCAUAUUUACAUGUUGUUCAGUUAGUUGAAUCUCUAUUUGUCAUUGAUCAUAAAGUGUACUUGUAAAAAC